CAGCAACGUAAGCAACAAGUAGUUGGCCAUGUUCUAAACAGUUGAAGCUGUCGCGUUCAAAACGAGUGGAUCCGUUGUGUUUCAGCAAGUGUUUUAUCGGUUUUUGACUUAGUCGGUGACCUGUGUCGGAUGUUGACUCAAAUGACGUCGCGGUAGCACACAAGUGAUGAGUGCGACGAAAAAGUGAAACGUUACACUCAGUUUAGAAAUAAUAUUCGUGUGUUGUUAACCUUCGGCAACAGCAGCGUCGUAACUGUGUGACAAGACAACGAUGACGAGCCGCCGGAAAAAGCGCCAGCAGGAUGGCUUCAUGAAGAAGGUGUCUUCGCUCUUCAACCUAGACACGGCGCACACGCCGCUGUUGCCCGGAGAUAGCAAACACGUGAACGGCGAUGCGGAGUGGGAGUUCGAGGAGAUGGUGCUGGAGCGCGGCGGCGCGGGCCUGGGCUUCAGCAUCGCGGGCGGCACCGACAACCCGCACGUGGGCGACGACAGCGCCAUCUACAUCACCAAGCUCAUCCCGGGCGGCGCCGCCGCCGCCGACGGCCGCCUCCGCGUCGGCGACACCAUCCUCCAGGUCAACGACGUCUCCGUCGUCGACGUGCCGCACGCCGCAGCCGUCGACGCGCUCAAGCGCGCCGGCAACACCGUCCGCCUCUACGUGCGGCGGCGACGGACGGCGGGCAACGUGCGCCUGCUGGAAAUCGAGCUGGUGAAGGGCAGCAAGGGGCUGGGCUUCAGCAUCGCGGGCGGCAUCGGCAACCAGCACAUCCCGGGCGACAACGGCAUCUACGUCACCAAGAUCAUGGACGGCGGCGCCGCGCAGGUCGACGGACGGCUGCUCGUCGGCGAUAAGCUGGUCGCCGUCAAGAACACGCCGCAUGGUGAAAAAAAUCUAGAAAAUGUCACCCACGAAGAGGCUGUCGCAACUCUGAAGGCCACACAAGACAGAGUGGUGCUGCUCGUGGCGAAACCAGAAAAUGCGUACCUGCCGCCCCCACCUGAUGUGUCCAAUACACCUCCACCACCUCCAUCAGAAUCACAGAUGCCAUAUUCCGAUUCUCUCAACACUCCAAUGACACUGCAGGCAUCGACGCCACGGGCUGUCAGUGAAGAAGACGUCUCUAGGGAGGUGCGCACGGUGGUGCUGAACAAGGGCGCGAGUGGCCUGGGCUUCAACAUCGUCGGCGGCGAGGACGGCGAGGGAAUCUUCGUGUCGUUCAUCCUGGCCGGCGGCCCGGCCGACCUCAGCGGCGAGCUACGGCGCGGGGACCAGAUCCUCAGCGUCAACGGCGUCAACCUGCGCAAUGCCACGCACGAGGAGGCCGCGCAGGCCCUCAAGGGUGCUGGCCAGACAGUGACUAUUGUGGCACAGUAUCGACCUGAAGAGUACAAUCGAUUCGAAGCUCGGAUCCAUGACCUCAAACAUCAGAUGUCCCAGCAGAUUAUGUCUGGCACACUCAUGAGGACAUCACAGAAACGGUCAUUGUAUGUUCGGGCACUGUUCGAUUACGACCCCAACAAAGAUGAUGGCCUGCCCAGUAGGGGCUUGCCAUUCCAUUAUGGAGACAUCCUGCACGUCACAAACGCGAGCGACGACGAGUGGUGGCAGGCACGCCGCGUUCUCCCUACAGGCGAGGAGGAGGGAAUGGGUAUCAUUCCAUCCAAGAGACGUUGGGAACGCAAGCAACGAGCCAGAGAUCGUACUGUCAAGUUCCAGGGACAUGUUCCAGGGGGACCAGGCUCUGACAAGCAGUCGACACUAGACAGAAAAAAGAAGAACUUCUCCUUCAGUAGAAAGUUCCCAUUUAUGAAGAGUAAAGAUGACAAGUCAGAGGAUGGUUCAGAUCAAGAACCUUCUCCAACCACUCCCAACAACGAGGGUGAUCCUAAUAACAUGCCAUUCAUGCUGUGCUACACUCAAGAUGACACUCACACAGAAGGAGGAGAAGAAUCUGUGCUGUCGUACGAGCCAGUACAACAGCUUCAGAUACAGUACACGAGGCCUGUUAUUAUACUUGGUCCACUGAAAGACAGAGUGAACGAUGAUCUGAUUUCAGAAUUCCCUGAUAAGUUUGGCAGCUGUGUGCCUCACACGACAAGACCCAAACGAGAAUAUGAAGUGGAUGGAAGGGACUAUCACUUUGUGGCAUCUAGAGAACAAAUGGAACGUGACAUCCAAAACCAUUUAUUCAUAGAAGCUGGACAAUACAAUGAUAAUCUCUAUGGCACAUCAGUUGCCUCCGUGAAAGAAGUUGCUGAAAAGGGAAAGCACUGCAUCCUGGAUGUAAGUGGAAAUGCAAUCAAGAGGUUACAAGUUGCUCAGCUCUUCCCCAUUGCCAUUUUCAUUAAACCAAAGUCCGUGGAAUCCAUCAUGGAGAUGAAUAAGAGGAUGACAGAAGAACAAGCCAAGAAAACAUAUGAGCGUGCAAUGAAAAUGGAACAAGAGUUUGGAGAGUAUUUUACAGCUGUAGUCCAGGGUGACACUCCUGAGGACAUAUACAUGAAGGUGAAGGAAGUGAUUGAGGAGCAGUCCGGACCGAGCAUCUGGGUUCCGUCGAAGGACCAACUGUGACGGUCUGCGUGGACCAUGCCCGCCCGCCGCUAGAUGCGGCUGGCCCGCGUGGCGUAGUGUCUGAAGAGACCGUGGCCUGUCCACAUGCCCAAACACACAAACAUAAUGCGACGGAGUGUUCCAUAGUGAUGUCCCACGAUCCGAUGUGUCGCAAGGAGAUUUGCGUGUUAUUAUCAGUUUUGUGUAGAGCUUGUUGUUUGUUCUUGUAUCACUUAACUUGUUAUGUGAUUGUGCAAUUUGUGUGUCAAAGAUCCUUUUCAAUUUUAACACAUGGAAUCUGACUAACCACAAAAUAGAGUAAUAAUCUGAUCUGAAAUGUACACCGAGUCCUCGUUAUUCGGAGUUUUGAGGCUUUGAUUUGUAACUCGCAUUGUAUUGGCAAUAAAAUUUUAUUCGAGGUAGGUGGUGUCGAAGGCAGUGUUCGACUGUAUGCUGGCUUGCUCUGGACAGAAGCUCUGAUAUUAGUGGAACUCGUGUUAUUAGACUGUGGAUGGCUCAUCUGAUAACAGAUUGUGUUUCCGGUUCUGCUAGAUGCUGCGCAGUGGUGGUGAUCUGUGGGAGUGGUCUGGGAGCUGAGCACGAGGCAGUGAUUUGGGAUAAUAUGGCCGAAUUGAAAUAGUUGUUUUUAAGAAUAUGAAGAUGCCCAAGUUUCUAAAGUUUCACCCUGUGUGUUGUGAAGCAAGUUAAAUUAUUUUUCAGGCAGAACUUGAACUGUGUAUAGUGUGAAAUCUUCAUCGGACUGUGUACAGUCGUGGGGUUAAAAAGACUCAGUUUUUGUAAAUGACUGACAAUUUGGAAAGUGUCUUUGCUGGCACUCUAGAGAUCUGAUUUUUACUAAACAAUACAGAAAUCUCAGUUACUGCAUAUUAUUUCCCUCUGUGUAAAGUGUGUUGCAUUAAAUGGAGAGAAUAUAGGUAAAAAGGUAGUACUCACCAGAAUGAGGGUUCACAGUUGAGCCAAAAACGUGAAAAAGUGGAUGCUGUAACACUAGCAUUUGGAAUGAGAGGAGUUACAAAGUGGGAGAAAAUAAAAGGUGUAGGGAAAUGAAUGAAAGGAGGUGGCUUUAUCCAGUCUUUCCAUUAAAUAGCAGGUCAUGGAUAAAGCAGUUAAGGAAUGAAGUAGUAUAUGAUGAGAAGAGGCAUUUUGGUACAGGAGAAAUGCUACAGAAUGGAAAGAGAGAGUAAAAAGUCAAGGUAAAAUUAGGAUACAAACAGGAGAUAGAACCAUGAGGAAAGGGUAGACAGCUUGCAGAAAUAAUAUGAUGGACAAAGAUGUCUGUGCAAUUGCAGGCCUUGAGGAUUCAGUCACUAAAAUUGGCACCUUGAUCUGUUUAGAUGCAUUGGAGAGCUCCUGCUGAAAUAACGUAUUUAUUGUACCUGUGCCUAUUUAUGCUAUGGGUUUUAUUGUUAGUGACACUGCUUGCAUCUGUUGCGGCAGGUAACAUGAAUGACUUUUAAGAUGUGCAUGGGUAGUGUGCAAACAUCUCAUCUGUCAAUCAUUGUGGAAGACAUGACAUGAGAAAGUGGUCAUAAAGACGUAGGUUUUAUAACUGCAAAGAAAGAGCAGGAAUUGGAAAUUGAUGAGGCAUAAGAAUGCCACCUGACUGUUCAUUCAUUUACCAUUUACACUCAAGAUAUUCUCUUUCUGCUCUCUUACACAUGACUCAGUCCUCCUUAGAGUUUUUGUGUCUGUGUUUGCUCAGUGCUUACAUAUUUUAUUUUCCUCCUCCUUUUUUCUCUCUGAAUACAGAGACAGGGGCAGUUUAGGUUUCUAUAUUCCCCCUCAUGUUUUUGUUGGCUGAACUGUGAUACCUAUUCUUGCUGAGUACAUUAAUUUCAUUGAGCUGUACUCAAGUUUUCUAUUUAUCAAAUGGGCUGCAAAUGCCCAUAAUCCAAAGAUAAGAAGGAAAGCGUCCUGGUUUCCUCCAUGAAGAAUUAGAGAUGUAGUUUAAGAAGAAUUUACUACAUAUGAAUAAUGAUAUAAUCUGAUUGCCAUGUUUCAAUUUUUAUAUAGCAAUUUAACAUUCUUAUUACCUGAAUUUGAAGAUGGUCAUGUUUAAAAAAAUAUGCAGUUUGUUACUAGGUCUUUAUUUAUUGAGAACUGGUGCCGAAGACAUAUUCAGAGCUUGUAGUUUGAACACAACAUGAAUGUACAUAACACUCUGUUUAUUGGGAAGCUGUAUUAAGUGAAAAGUCCUUAGGGGCGUAAUGGUGGCUAAUAUUAAACUCCUUGUUUUGUUUUUAAUCGUGUAAACCUGCUAACAAGUUGUUAAUGCUGAAGCAGUAUGGAAGCACAGCCUGCAAGGCACAUAUGAUGUACUGAUGGGAAAUUCUUAGAUAUGAUAUGAUGACAAUGCAUAAAUAAUGCAUUUUCUGUACACUUUUGUGUGUUGUUACUUCUACAAUUUUCUGAUUUUAUUAUGUCCUAAUGUUCUCUCUUUUGACAUUUUGCAAUGAUGUCAGUCUUUACUCUAUUUCUCUUUUCUGUAAACUCACUUCUUUUCUAGCUUUUUUCUUUUAUUAGUUAGAGUGGCCUCUAUAUUUAAAUUGCUGUGCCUGAAUGUUCUUUUAAAUGAUGUUUUAUCUCUCUUAAAUUUUUGAAACUAACUGUCUGCAAUUCAUUAUAGUGUUUUAACAUGGCAGAUAAUGCUUGUAAAUCUGAGGCCACAGUUUUCGUAAUUAACUUGUUGAUGUGUUACUCAUUUGUACAAUUCAUGUUUUAAUUCAAUGGCUGACAUACUCAGUAAGUUCUACUCUCUAAGCAACUGUAGCUUACUAUUAAGUGUGUUGGCUGGUACAAGUAAACAGAUCAGAUGACAAUGUGCAUGGCUUUUACAUAUUAACACUGUUUAUAAUAAAACUUCUAUCCAUUGACUGCAGUUGUGUAAAAGUGUUGUUGAAUUAUUAUUGUAUACAAAAAGUACUGCCCAUUUCAUUGCAGUGUAAAUAAAGUUGAGUCCCCAUAA